CAAGUUUCCGACUAUCUGCGAAGAAUUCGUUCCUCUGCUGUCAAUCUGUUCCGUCGGCAGCUUGUUUGUCGGCUUGGCCCACGCGGUGGAACAAGGCCAGAUUUUGUUCGAGACCUUGAAUAAGGCAAUUCUUUCCACGGUGGGUUGUUGGACGAUUUCGAAGCUGAAAAUCACGACUGGACUGGGAAUGGUCAUAUCAGCUCGCUUAGUGGGGAGACUACAUCAUGAAUCAGGGUCUAGACACGAUGUCGAUGAUCCAGGCUGCCCUCAUUGGUCAAACUUACGGCCUGCUCUCCGGGAGGCCCCAAGAUGUCAUCAUCGCACAAAGCUUCCACGGUACCCAUAUUGCAUGGGUCAGACAGUGCAGUAUGUUUCAAAUUAAGGGGGCCUCUGCCUAUGUCGAUUCUACCUCUGUUGUGAACGACCCAGAGAAUGCCUGGAAGAUAUGGCACAUCGCAGAGGAGCGAAACCGGUCAGUAUUUCGCGACUGUUAGGACAAUCCCACAAAAUUAACUGCCGUUUUGCUGUGAGAGAGUUGCCGCGGCGGUCUAUAUUCACGAUGUUGAGAUGUCUCAGCUGUUUCUGACCGAUACGUACUUGCGGCACUCGCUCUCCAACCUCCCAUUGAUCGCGAAUGACGACUUGUGGGCGGCUCCAACGGCCCAGGAAUGGGCAAUCCUGCUGAUGGCUUCUCGAUCUUCUGAGCCUGUGAGAGCCAUGAAUGGCACGACGCUUGAUUUUGCUCAUCCUAAGAGGCACUCACUACCGCAUGGGGCCGUCAUGACUGACUUCCAGGGAUAUGUGGAAUUGAUCCGGUUGCUGCAUCCGUACCCAUUGCCGUUUCGGGGGUCGAGAGUUGGCUUCUGAGCGGCAAUCCAUCGAAAACUGGC